AUGAGAGCAUUGGAGAUGCAAAGACGAGAAGAAGAGCGGCAGAGCAAGCUCAAGACGGCGGCCGAGGCGAAGGAAGAGCGGCAGAGGAAAUGGCUCACCAUGACAGAGGAGGAAAAAGAAGUGUUUGUUGAAGAAGAGAAGGUCGCCAAGAAGCAAGAGUGGAUCAAGAAGCAGGCGGCGCUUCUGGGACUUGCACCUGCCGAAGAUGGAGACGGCGCUGACGGUGGUAUCGGCGACGACAAAACUUUCGCCUCCGCGGCAAGCAGUCGCGAAAGAAGGCGGCUGUCGAUCAAGGCGGCCAAAGUCCGUAGGAGGAAGCAGGAGAUUGAGAUCACGGCCAUGGAAGCCGAGGACGAGCGCAGCAAGCUGGAGAACCGGGCUUACCGGGAGAUGCUUGAGGUGAGGCUUCAGCGGCAGAUCGAGAUGGCUAGGAGGGCAGCGGCUAUGAAGCGCCAGAUGGCCGCCGAGGUUUCCGCCGCCGGAUGUGGCCAAACUGCGGCGUCGAUUGUGAACUCAAUGGACAGUGGUAGCGGGGGCGGCGGCGGCAGCAGGGGCGGGGGUGGAGGCGAUGGAGAUGGGAACGGAAGCCAAACAGAAGCCGGCAGCAUAGGCGUCGGAGGAGAGGAAGGAGGCGGCUUUCUUGGUGGUUAUGGCAGCGAAGACACCGGCGGUAGUUUCAACUUGUUCGAUGACGACUACGUUAGCAGCUCUGAGUCGGAUCUCGGGGAGGAAGAUCGAGCUUUCGCCGAGGACGUGGGACUGCCGACGGGCGACGUCGACCUCGAAGACUCAAUCCACUCUUCGGAUGACGAAGAGGGCGGAGGAAAGGCGGCCAAGAAAGCGGCCAAGGCCAAGGCGGAUGCGGCUGCUGCCGCUGCAGCUAAAGCUGCGGAGACCAGCUGGCUAGGCGGAGGGGGUGGCCGUUGGGGAGGUGGCGGGGGCAUCGGCAACGAGCAGGCAAAAGAGACUGAAGAGGAAACCGCCAACAACGGUGACGAACCCACUAGUAACGUUGAGGCUGUUUCGUCUCCUGGGUCUCAGGCUGCAGAGGUAGGUAUUGGUGGUGUGGAAGAGGGGGAAGACGGGAUAAGUCCUGUGGUCGCCCCGCUAGAGGAGGAGGGGGCGGCACCCCCGGCAGGGAGGGCAGGGUCGGUGAUGCUGGCAGGAAACGGAGUACAGAAUGGAAAGGAGCACGACAAGAACCAAGACGGGGAGCGAGCGAAAGACAAGCGCCGACGCAGCAAUGGCCAGGGUGGGAAGGAUUUCGGCAACAAAAGGGCUUCUUCUACCUCUCCUCUUCGCCUUCCAGGCAGCCCCGAAGGAACUAGUAGGGGCGGUCGCGGUAAAAGAGGCCGCAAUGCGGCAGAAGGGGCAAGGGGGGGUCUCGGGGGGCGACGGCGUAUGCUAUCUGACGACGGGGAGGACAGCACAAGCACGGAGGAAGAGACCAGCAGCGACGAGGAUCGUGGCGGGCACGGGCGAGCUGUGGCGACCAGGAAACGAAAGCCCGGCGAUGGCGGCGGUGCUACCAAGAAAAAAAUGGCAAAGAAGAAUGGCACGAAGACAGCAGUUGCUGCAACCCUGGCUUUGGCGGAGGCGGAAUCUCUCGAGGAAGAGAACCCGGAAGUAGCGCAAAUGGCACAGCAGAAAAAGGUGCUCGACCGGCGCAUGAAGCACAGGCUCGGAAGACAGAGACAGCGCGUGAUCAAGCGGCUGCGCAGGGCGAAGGAAGUUCGCGAGGCUGAGGACGAGAAAAUUGCCAUGAGGCUAGAGCAGGCGAAUCAGAUGGCCCAGCUUGCAGACGCCAAGGCGGAAUUGGCGUGGCUGGAUGCGGAAGGAGAGUCGAGGAGGCUGGAAAAGCGGCUUGUCGGGGAGAGGGAGGGGCUGCGAAAACUUCGGUUAUUCUGUCAGACUAAGGCUCGGGAAGAGAUCACUUGCAGAGAGGAAUCGGUGUUGAGAACAAACGAGGCGAGAAAGCGGCAGGCCGCGCGCGACGAUGCCUUUACAUGGCACGCCAGGUGCAAGGAGCAGGAGCACCGCACUUUGAAGUGGAAGAUCAGAGUAUUGAAGGAGACCAAGUUCUUCAACGGGAGGGUCAUCACCGGCCAGUUCCAAAGAUGGGAAACGGAUUGGAUAUAUCCGCACCUCCACUCGAUGUAUUUCAAGGGCUUGGUGGAUAUCGUGGUCAACAGGGCCGAGCUCAUCGGGGCAGAACGGCGCAUGAUGAAGAUCCACGACCGACUGGUGAGAACGUCACAAGAGAUCAUCAAGAAGGAGACGCUGGUGUCCAAGCUGUGGAAGAAACAGCGGAGGCGCGAGCUUAUCUAUCUCAGGCGGUCGGAGCUAGGAAAAAAAAUAUUUGGCAAGUCGCAGAAGAAGUAUCUCCGGAAGGUGUUCGAAGCGUGGACAGGCUUCCACACGUGGCUGCGAAGCAUGCGAGAGGCCUUCCGGCUAAAGUACGGCGUCCUCAAGCAGGCGAGAAUUGGACCUGAACCGUGUUUACGAGGAGAUCGACGCCGGAUUGCAGCGGUCGCGAAACACACGACCCCUCUGUGAGAAGACUGGAGCCCUCCCAGUGACGAGCAAGAGCCUGUUUCAUCGUUUCAAGGAGCGUCCGAUUCGAUGUCGGAACUGCAAGGAGCUUUACCUCGAGGCUCAGAAUCACGACCUUUGCUGCGCCUACCACCCCGGGGAGUACAAAAGGGCUUGCCCUCGCAGCUGUCCUGGGCUUACGGAAAAGUGCAUGAGCCACAGGGUGAUGAGGUGGACAUGCUGCGACAAGAACGACCCAGGAUCAUGGGGGUCAUCUGGGUGUAAGACUCGCUGCCACUUCCCGCCGUUCGAUGGCCACCCGAAAUUCGUCGACAUCGUUCGGAAGGGAGCUGGCGAAGACAGAGGGGCGCUCGCUGCCUUGGACAGGGAACUUGACG